UGACGGGGAUGGGUAUAUUACUAGGCCCGGAAGCCCGUUUGGGUCGGGGACGGGUAAACCCGAAGCCCAAUGUGGGCGCGGAACGGAUACAGGGUACCCGGCCCCGAUCUGCCCCCGUUGCUGCAUGUAUGUGAGUUUUUGUGCUGCAACGCCAGAUUCGGGCUCACGCAUAAGAGGCCCAGUAUUGCAAGCCCAGGAGGUAACCGAUUUCAAGAGUCAAGCCCACCAAAGAAGUAUUGUCAACGCCAACUAAAGUUGCCGCGAAGAAGCUGGUCAAUGUUCUUCGCGGCAACUUUUUGCUUCCCUUCUUCCAUUCACACUUCUCGUCAUCAUCCCAGAGUCCAACCCAAGCAGCCGCACUAUGAUAAAUGCGGAGCUAAAUUCCUGAUCCCAGUCCCGACAUCAUCUUCCUCAAUCGAAUUGGCUCCUCCAACUGUAGGUAUGUCUCUCGAUUCCCCUGUCUAGCGAAUCAAAACUUUUUUCCCCUCUUUUUUUAUUUGCGGCGGUCUCUCAUAUCAAUCGCGAUUGCUUACUUUGAAUCAUCGAACCAUCCAUGGACAGCAGGAAAUGGAGUCCUCCGUCGCUGCUUCUUCUGCGCCGCCGCCGCCGCCGCCGCCGCCGCCGCAGUCUGUUGCUCUUCCUACCGGGAAUUACGAGGUGUUCAUCAGCUUCAGGGGUCCCGACGUUCGCAACAGGUUUGCCGAUCAUCUCUACACCUCCUUAGCGCGUGCCAAGAUCCGCACUUUCAGGGACGAGGAAGAGCUCGAGAAGGGGGAAGAGAUCGCGCCUUCCCUAGUCCGCGCCAUCCCGGAAUCGAAGAUCUACAUCCCGAUUUUAACCGAGCGGUACGCUUCCAGCAAAUGGUGCCUUCUGGAACUGGCUCAAAUGGUGGAGUGCUGGAAGCAAAAGAAGGGACACCUCAUCCUCCCCAUUUUCUACUUUGUUGACCCCAGAGAUGUGCGCCAUCAGCAAGCCUUUGAACAGCACGCUCACAAACACAGCCCGGAAAUUGUGAAGGAAUGGAAGGAAGCACUUCGAGAGGUCGGACAAAUGAAAGGAUGGCACGUCACUGGAUCCCUCGGCGAGGGCGCUAUUGUAGACGAGAUACUCUCUAAAGUUGAGUCGCAUUUGAGGAGUAUGUAUACAUUAGUGACCGACGAGUUGGUGGGGAUCGACGCUCUCGUGGGAGAAGUGACGGCACUGCUGUUGAAUUUAGGAUCAUCUAACGAGAAAGGCAUCGUUGGCAUUCACGGUAUGGGCGGUCUAGGUAAAACUACUUUGUCUAAAGCUGUCUAUAACAAGAUAUGCGCUCGAUUUGAUCGAUGCUGUUAUCUCGAAGACGUGCGAGAAACUCUAGCAAAGAGCGGCGGAGUUGUAUCUAUGCAGAAUAAGGUUAUAUCUGCCAUUUUGAAAGGCGAUCAUCAUCAGGUUAAAAGUGUAAGCGAAGGAACUAACGUGAUAAAAAACCGAGUUUGCAAGCAUAAAAUGCUACUCGUUAUUGACGAUAUAGAUGACAAGUUUGAAUUUGAUAAGAUUCUAGGAAAAUUAGGUGAUUUUUCCUCCGAUUGUAGAUUUAUAUUUACAACUAGGAAUAAGAGGGCUUUAGAUUUUAUUCCGGAAUGUAAACUGUAUGAACCGAGAGAAAUGAGUCGUCGUCUUUCUCUGCAACUUUUUUGCAAGCAUGCUUUUGGGAUGGACAAUCCACCCAUGGAAGACGUUGGUAUAUCCGAGGAAUUUGUAAAAGUUGCUGGGGGGCUUCCUUUAGCUCUAAAGGUGAUAGGAUCACUUUUGUUUCGCAGAGACAGGAAAUUUUGGAAAGAAAAGUUGGUAGAAUUACAAGGCUUGCCUUCUACUACCGAAAAUAUGGUGCAAGAGAGAUUGAAGAUUAGCUACAAUGACUUGUCGCACAAUGAAAAGCAAAUCUUUCUUGACAUUGCUUGUUUUUUUAUCGGUAGCCACAAAGAUUUACCUUACUACAUGUGGAGUAGCUGUGAUUUUUAUCCAGAAAGUGGGAUCAGCACCCUUAUCCACAGAUCUCUGAUAAAACUUGACGAAGAAAACCAGUUUUGGAUGCACGAUCACAUCAAAGAUCUAGGGAGAGCCAUUGUUAACGAGGAAGAUAUUCGACGUCCAUACAAUCGUAGCAGGAUAUGGUCUACCGAUGAAGUUCUGACCAUGUUGAGGAACAGAGAGGGAAGUGAACAGGUGGAAGUUGUCCUUAUAGAUGUGGAAUCUAGAGAUGAUCAUGACAAGCUGCUUAAAAGCAAAAAAUUCGAGAAAUUGUCAGGGUUGAGAUAUUUGGAGGUUCGAUAUGGACACAUGAGGGGGGAUUUCAGCCAGGUUCUUCCAAAUUUACGUUGCCUUCGAUUGUGUCACUGCGAAUCUAUCCCAACUGAUAUUAAUGCGAAGAAAUUGGCGGUACUUGAUUUGGAGGGUUCCACUGUGAAGGGUGACUGGAAGGGCUGGAGUCGAAUAAAGACUGCUGCAGCAAAGCUAAAAGCAGUAAAUCUACCCCAAUGCUGGAAGCUGACGAAAUCUCCUGACUUGUCUACAUGCACAAGCCUUGAGUUUAUCAACUUUUCGGGUUGUUUCCAAAUGAAAGGACAGAUGCACAUUGGUACAUUCAAGAAUCUGAAAACGCUGAGACUCGAAAACACCCGCACAACAGAGUUAGUCAUCAAGGGCGAUGACAUUAAAAAGCUUCAACAGCUAGAGGAGAUGGACGUGAGCGGGACCGAUUUGAGAGAAUUGCCUGUCGGGAUGGAGAACUUGUCCUCUCUCAAAAUCUUGUCGCUAGGUUUAGCAGAUUGGGGGGUUAAAUACCGGCUGGAGAUACCCAGACUUCCGGGGAGUUUAAAGAGGUUGUCCAUCUCGUUUUCAUCGGGCGUCCCAAAUCUGAUAGAGCUCAAGCAGUUGGAAUCCCUGAGUUACUCUAACGAUCCAUGUAUCCCCGGAGACUUAUGGCGGCUUCCCAAUUUGAAGGAAUUGACUCUGAAGCUCUGUCCUAUCAAAGGUCCAAUGCUGCAAAAGGACCAGAAGGCAACAACAACUUCUCUUGCUCCUGCUCUGCCGACAUCUUUAACCAGCCUUCAUGUAGUUGAUUGCUGGGAAUUGAAUGAACUUCCCAGCCUAGCGAAUUUGUGCAAUCUGACCCGACUCGAACUCCGGGGUGUCAGGGUGGCCGAGAUUCGGGGCCUGGGAGAGCUGAGGGCGAUGGAGACUAUGGUGAUCAGAUCCAUGAGUCUGAACAGCCUCAAUGGACUUGAGAAUCUGCACCUCCUCACGACCCUGAGCUUGUGGUACGCCACGCUGGAGAGACUGCCGAGCCUGGAGGAUUUGAGCAAGUUGAAGGAUCUGGAGGUUUGCUACUGUCCGAAUGUCGUUGAAAUCCCCGGCAUGGGCGGCCUCGAGGAGUGUUUAUCCCGCCUGACAAUCAAAAAAUGUCCCAGCUUGGCAAACUUGGAUGGACUACUUCAACUUCUGGGAGCAUUGGAGGAAUUGACUUUGUACGAACAAUCGUUUGGCGGGAAACCAUCUCUUGAUCUCCCAUGUCUCGUCAAUCUGAAACGGCUGUACAUCCGCUCUUGUCCAGAGUUGACGGAGGUUACAGGGUUGGGGAGGUUGGUGUCGUUAGAAUGGCUAACUGUGGAGUGUUGCACUUCGAUUCGACAGCUAUCUGAUCUGUCGGAGCUCAAGAAUCUCAAUGAAUUGAACCUCAGUGACUGCCAAAGCUUGACUGAUCUCAUUGGGGUCGACAGAUUGGAGUCAUUACGGAAGCUACUGAUGAAUCGUUGUUGUUCAGUUAGGAAGCUGCCGAACUUAUCGAGCCUCAAGAAUUUGGAGACUUUGGACCUUGUGGGAUGCAUAGAGCUGACUGAGGUCGAGGGAAUCGAGGGUUUGAAGUCGUUAAUAGAGUUGAACCUGCUUAAUUGCAGGUCGAUAACGGAGUUGGGAAAUCUGUCUGGUCUCAAGAAGUUGGAGAUGCUUAAUAUCUUGGGCUGCACGAAACUGGUCGAGGUCAAUGGACUUGAUGAGCUGAAGGAGUUACGGUACCUAGAAAUGGGGAAAAGGAUGAGAGCGAGGUAUUUGGCCAAAUCGACUGCUAGAUAUGGCAAGGGACUAGCUGCACUGCUCGUGGAUCGCUCUCCAACUUCUUGAGAGCAGACAGAGUUCCCAACUUCGUUAUUGACCUGCAAUCACACAGGUCCAGCUUCAUUAACGACUCCAAUCCCUUGACUCCCUUCACCAUAGUAAGUUCUAUGCAUCCCUCAAGGUUCAACGUCUCCAAAUUCUUCAGGUCGGAUAAGUUGGGCAGCUUCCUAAUGAGGGCAGCUGCAUAAUGGUGACCCUACUUGGAGGAAUUGUAACCAAUCCACGCAUAUAUCUGUUGAAGGCGGCACUCGAGAGAAAUCAAUCACGCAGAUAGGAGCAAGUGCAAAAGGAGAAAAAAGAUGAGGAAGGGGAAGAAACCUGCUUCGAAAGUCUGAUGAUCUGUAAAUGAAAAGUGAGUUCAUCUACAACGUCAGUGAAAGAGUGGACCUGCAGGCCACCAGCAUCAUUUUCCUGCUGGGGAGAUGCAAUUGAGGCCAUGAGUUGAUCUUCACCAGGAGUACAGCAACAUGAAACUGAGCUGGAAACAAACGAAAUAACAAGAGUAAGAUAUUACGUCUUAAAUGAUUGAAACACCUCCACACCAGAACUUACUUUCACAACACUGAAAGUUGAAACAGAUUCAUGUCGACAUGAUGCCCAUCUUCCUAGUUAGUUGCUAAACAAGAACACAUACCGAAUAAUAUCAGCAGCUGAGAUUGUCCGAAAAAAUUUCCAUUGUUAAUACUACUGGUACUUCGGGAGAGAGCAUAUGCAAAACUAGAGUACAUCCACCUUGUACUUAAAUCUAGCUCAACAAACAGCAAGACUUCUGUAAAACUCUGGUCACACGUUCCAUACCUUAGAAGUUCGAUAACCAGAAUCAAAGCAACCUUCUAAAUCCCUGAAUAGAGAGGGUAAGACUCACAGCAAAAGCAAAAUGCAAGCCAUCAAAUGAGCACGAAUGUCCAGCUACAACGAAAGGCCAAUCGAAAUCAGAGCAACAAGUUCAGAACCAGUUAAGCCUAGCAGAGAAGCACCAAUGUAACUCAUGAAAACUAAUCCUCGAGUUCUUCUCACAGGUUUGCACGGUUACAAACAGGCGAGAUUCAAAAACUGUGAAAAGACAAAUCGAAAUGCCUACCACGAGAGCAGGAGGAUGAAUCAGGCACGGGAGCGGGAGGUUGAUUGCUCUGCUGACCGACCUGUCUACGAGCAAUAGCGAGCAGAGGGCGGCGAGGGGUUGUGACUGAUUUGGGAGUUCGAUUACGGCGGGGAGGCGGAGGAGAGCGCUAAGAGAGGAAGAUUGCUGCGUUUGAGCGAUUUGCACAUCAGCCCCCUCAGGUUUUCCUCCUUAAGUCAUUCCCUUUCACUAUUUUGCCAUUUCACUUUUUCCUUUUACGAGUUGGUCAGAAUUAUAUUAAGGAAUUAGGGUUAAUAUUUUCGUAUGACCUAAACGUUGACUAAAAUAAACAUCAUGACCAAUCUUUUCGAUCUAUAACAUCCUGGCCUGAACUAUACACCAAAAUAAACAAUUUGGCCAAACCUGAUGUUUGACCGUUAACUUGGACGGUCAAAUGCGUUGACUAACAGUCAACGCGCCACGUCACUGCCAAGUCAGAAGAUCUGAUAAAUAUUUAAUUUUUUC